GUACCCAUCCAUUCAUCAAUUCAUCAAUUCAUCAAUUCAUUAAUCCAUCAUCAAUCCAUCUCACGCUACUUUAUUAAACUUUCCCUCACCAAGUUGCAUUACCACCCUUACCACCCUGACCACCCUUUUUUCUUCUGAUUGACUGAUUGACUGAUCAAAACCGCCAAAGCUAAAGCCAAAGCUAAAAUAAUCAAACUAAAAGAGACAGACGACCAUUGACCCCAGCCGAAGACGAAACGCCCAUUCCCAUUCCCAUUCCCAUUACCACGACCACGACCACAACCAAGAACGACCGAAUACCUUGACCUCAUCACUGCCUCCCCUCAUCACAUCACCUCACCACCUCCCAACAACGAAGGAGCAAUCAAACACCCUUCACUGCCCCACCAAGUCACUUACAACAGUAUAUGAUGGCUCGUUCAUAAUCUUUCCCUCCAAUCUCAUUUUACCUGGGGCAAAGAUUGCCAGAAAUUUGACCAUCAAAGAUGUCUGCACUCGACGUGCUUUCACAACCACCACGAUCACAACCACAAUCAUACAACAAUGGAUCCAAACACAGUUCCAAGAACGUCGGGAGGGAGUACUCCAUCUUCGAGUCCAGGUCUAUUUAGUCCUUCCCACUUCCAUCGUCAGCCUGUACCUCUUUCCGACCAUGGAACUCCUCAUUCGAGUCCUUAUUUACACCCUUUACAGAUGCAUAAAGUAAAAGAAACUCACAAAGCACAAGUCGAACAAGAUUUCAUUACCGGAAGAAAACUCAUAAAUCAAUACGAGAUCAUCGAUGAAAUUGGGAGAGGUGUACAUGGAAAAGUUAAAUUGGCCCGGAGCCUCGAAACACAAGAUUAUGUCGCCAUCAAAAUCAUACAACGAUUUUCAAAGAAAAGAAGACUUGGAAGAGUUACGGUUUCUCCCGAGGACAAAACUAAAAGAGAGAUUGCCAUCCUCAAGAAAAUUCGUCACGCCAACGUUGUCGGCCUCUUGGAAGUUAUCGAUGAUCCGGAGCUGAAGAAAAUAUACAUGGUUCUUGAACAUGUUGAAUUAGGAGAAAUAGUGUGGCGUCGGAAGGGCGUCCGAAAGAUAUCCUUAUAUGAACGGCGUAGGAUCGAAAGAGAAAUUAGGGGAGAGGAUGAUCAGGGAAAUGAUGAGGCAUACUUUGAGACACUUAAACGUCGACGAGAAAGGAAAGAGAUCAAGAGAGCAAAACUUCUACAGUAUCAUGGAAAUGGAGAAUUUUGGAGUUUGGAACAUGGUGAUGACGACGAAAAAGAAGAAGAACGUUCUGAGUUAGGAUCCCUAUCGCGAGCCACCACUAAAGACUCCUUUGUAUCCUUGUCGCAUACGUCCCUAGUCCGGUCGGCUCCUGGAUCUAUGAAAAGUUCUCGAGCAACAUCUAGAGCACCAACUGCAAGAAGUUCGCGUGCUCCCACUCCUUUACCGGGAGGAGGCGAUGUUGAUUUUGAGAUAGGGCCUUUAGAUAGCGAUAACGAAGAGGAUGCCCCCGGCUCAUACAUUCCCCAAGCUUCAGCCAUGGCUUUGGAAGGUACAAUGUACGGGUCUUAUGCGGAGGAUCCAAUGUAUCGAGGAAGAUCUCCUAGCAUGGCGGAUAGUAUUAUUUCUCACAUGUCUUCAGUUGAUGACAUGACACAACACGAUGCUUUCGAGGACGAUUUCUCUUAUGUCCCAUGCUUUACUUUGGAUCAAGCCAGGUCGGCUUUCAGAGACACUGUUUUAGGACUGGAGUAUUUACACUACGAAGGUAUCGUUCACCGAGAUAUCAAGCCUGCUAAUCUAUUAUGGACAAAAGAUCAUCGCGUCAAGAUAUCUGAUUUUGGUGUCUCGUAUUUCGGUCGACCUAUCAGAGAAGGAGAGACAGAAGAGAAUAUUUCCGAAGCUGACGCAACCGACUUCGAUGACGAUCUAGAAUUGGCUAAGACUGUUGGAACACCUGCCUUUUUCGCUCCCGAAUUAUGCUACACAGAUCUAGAGGUUGAACAACCAAGAAUUACUGAACAAAUCGAUGUAUGGUCUUUGGGAAUUACUCUAUACUGCCUAGUAUAUGCUCGCAUUCCAUUCAUGGCCGAGGACGAAUACCAAUUGUUCAAGGCUAUCGCAAAAGAGGAUGUCUAUAUACCUAGAAAACGAUUAAAGGCUGUCGAUCCAGGGAAUCCAACCUCACACUUUAGCAGAAGGAUGGGACCAUGGGAUGGACCAUAUAGGAGUGAGGAAGAUUUGUCUUACGAGGAGAUUGAUGAUGAGUUAUAUGAUUUGCUCAAAAGAAUGUUAAUCAAAGAUCCUGCCGAGCGAAUCAAGCUUCGAGAGGUCAAACGACAUCCAUGGACGAUCAAAGGCAUCGAGAACAUCAUCGGAUGGCUUGACGAUACAGAUCCAUCGCGCAAGACCGCAGGACGGAGGAUCGAAGUCGACAAGAGUGAAUUGGAACGGGCCGUUGUCCCUAUUACCUUUUUAGAGCGAGCUCGGUCGACUUUCAAAAAGACUAUAGGCAAGGUCACAAGUGUUAUGAGAAAUGAUAAGGGUGAAGGGUCCCGCAAGAGAGCUACAAGCAAUGCUACAAACACAAGUUCAGGUACCGAAAACCACACCCAUCUUCCGCCAUAUACUCCUAUUUUGCGCGAGAUAGUUCGUCGAGCUAGUCUUCGUGGAGAUGAGCACUUCUCAUCGGCCGGUGAUUCUCACCAUGACCAUCAUAAAGAAUCAACAGAGCACCCUUUAGCCCAAAGUCAAACGGCUAGCCCUGACUCGCUGCAAUGUGAUCCAUUCCAACAGGAGUUUUCCCUUUCUUCCCUGGUAGGAAACACCCCCAAACGUUCUGGAUCCUCUUUGGCAUCAUCAAAUUUUGAUGCGAGACCAGGUCCACCGGAACGCACUAUCUCGGGGACGCCGUCGAUUGCGACGGUCGUUCAUAGAGGCCAUUCAUAUUCGAGAUCUGUAAAUCACGCAUUUUCCGGAAGUCCCACUACAGAAGAAUGUCCAAGAACGCCAGGUCCCUUCACAGAUCAUAUGGGACAAAUAUUUGGUGGUCAUCUAUGGAAUCCUAGAGGUCGAGAAUCCUUGACGGAGAUUGAUGAAAGUGUAUCAUCAAGGCCUCGAUCUGUCGAUAGGAGUCUUUUUAGAGCCGAAGACAAACAUGCGUCCGCCAUCGUUGGAAUGAGUACUGCUGUUGCCCCUGGACUUUUUAAACAUCCCCGUCCAACAUAUUCCUCCGAGAAUAGCCCGAUUGACGCUUAUUUCGACAGGCCAAUACCCUCACCCUUGUUUUUUCAACCUCACAUUUUCGAUAAGUAUCAGUCGGUUUCGUCAGCGUCAACGCCUAAUGUUAUGAGUACCCAAUAUGCCGCAUCAAUCCUUGACGACAGACCUGCCACAGCUAAUCGAACCCCGGAAGGGAAAACACCUGCUCCACGAAAAUAUGGUGCGAGUACACCUGAAUCGUUUCAAAGAGCUCAAGAACAACUAGAUCGAAGGAGGAAGAUGGAAGCGGAUGCAAAUGCAAAGCGCCUUGAAUUUCAUAGUUCGAAACUCAAGUUGGAAAUUGCUCCACUGAAAAAUUGUCCGCCAUCACCUGACGAUGAUAUCUUCGCUCAAAAACAAGAAGAAGCUGCCAGACGUGCUCGGUCAUAUAGCUCAGUUACCUCCACAAGUAUCAUAUCACCUGGCGACAUGAAUUUCCCGUCUGAUGUUAACUCACCUGUUUCCUCAGUAGCUCUUGGCUCGAAUGAACAAUUCUUCCCAUCGGUCCCUUCGUUACCUGCUUUAGUAUCAGGAUCAUCAUCUGUAUCUGCUGAUCCAGAAGGUGAUAUGCUUCAAGAUCCUGGUAGCUGUCCCUCACAAACCAUCUACGAUACCUCUGAAACAGUCACGCCACCUGUACUUUCUAAACAAUCUUCUGAUCCCGAAACUUCUAAAAUCUCUGACGAUCAUGUUGUUAUCCAUCCCGCUGUGAAUCAUCCUUAUGCAGAUACAGAUGAAGAGGGAUACAAUGGUGAUGGUGAUAAUAGUAUGAACGCAGACAUGGAUGACUCGGAUAGUGACGAAGGCCUCACGAUGAUGAGAAAGAAACCAAAGAUUAAGCUGGCAGCAGUGGGUAGCCAUGGUCGAAGAGGUACAAAUGCGAGUGUUGAAAGCACGGAUACUGCCAAGAAAAUAUCGAUGGAUGGCUGAUAUCUUUUAUCAUGUUGUGUGGCAAUUCUACAAUCUGGGAUGGUGGGAAACAAUACUCGAUGGCGCUAUGUUCUUGCCUUUUUUUUCGAUUGCCAUUAAUAGAUUAUCGUGAGGUUGGCUUGGGAAUUGGAACGUGAUCCAUCACGAAAAAUCAGCAAGCACUAUUUUUGAUCCCGGAGAACGACUGAUUUUUAGCUCAAGACUUGAUGAGGUAUGAAGCAAACCAUCGAGAUCUGGGCCCACAACUCCUUGCGACACCACAAUUGUUUUGUGGGAAGGACUGUAGGCUUUGAUGGAUCAUGUUCUCAUGAUUUCGUGUUCUCUUGUUUCUCAUUCGGGAGGUUUUCUUUUUGCUCGGUGGAGCUUCAGGUUCGGAAGAUCGAUUAAGAGAAAAUAUUGUGAAUGAAUGGACCGAUGGUUGGAUGGGAUCUGAACAAAGUUGUGGCUUUAGUUUUCUUAUUAUGCUGGCUGGUAUUUUUAAGCAAUGCAUAUGGAAAGGGAUUUGAUACUUUUUUGUACCUUUUAUUGGAAGAGGAGUUGCGGGCAUGGAAACAUUAGUGUGAUUUGAUGCAUUUAAGGGAGUGUGGAGGGAAUGUACCUGUGAAGAGAAGUGUGGAUUAGAUCCAUUGGAAUGGAACGAGAAAUGGAAGGUAUUCGGAUAUCGGAAAGAGGGGAGAGGACGGUAGAAUAUGAAGAAGGUUGUGAAUACUACUUCUUAAGCUGAGAAUCUGCUUAAUAUAUAUAAUCAUUGACAUUGGGCUGGGACAGGGGGAGAGGAAGAUGCGAGGAUGCGAGCAGAGUUAGUAGGACAGGAUGAGAUGAGAUGAGACAAGAUGAAAUGAUAUGAAUAAGAUGAAUAUACGAGAUGAGAUGCCUUUUAUUUGUAUUUGUACAGUACUGUAGUCUAGUAUACGAUGUAUGAAUAUGAAGGAUUAGAAAUCCUAUACUUUCUUCA